UAUAUAAGCCAUUGGUGUGCUCUUGGUUUGGCACAGUUUAGCGAAACCAUUCAAGCAGAACAUUUUAUUCAGUCACCGCGACGAGGAUCUGACUAGAGUUCAAAACAGUUAGACGAUGGCAUUCAAAUUCCUUGCAUUCUUUGCUCUCGUGGCUGUGGCCAGCGCCCAACACUACGACCCGCAUUACUAUCACCAGCCACAGUACCAAUCCGCCGGACUUGUCAAAACAGUUCAGCCAGCCAUCGUUAAGACUAUUCAGCCAGCUCUAGUCAAGACCGUCAAACACGUCGAAUACCCGGACUCUCCUGCUCAAUAUCAGUUCCAAUACUCAGUGCACGAUGAGCAUACCGGAGACAUCAAGAGCCAACAGGAGGAGCGUAACGGUGAUGAUGUCCGGGGACAGUACACCUUGAUCGAUGCCGAUGGUCACCGACGGAUUGUUGAUUACACCGCCGAUGAGCAUAACGGAUUCAACGCUGUCGUUCGCCGGGAACCGCUGGAGGGACACAAGAUCGUCAAAACUUUGACACCGGUUGCCAAAGUCGUAGCCCCAAUCCCCAUUGCUAAGGCGUACAGCCCCGUCGCCAAGGUCAUCACUCCACAGGUGCACUACAGCCAACCGGACUACACCCAUUAUUAGAUGAAUUCUUUAGGCCAUACCUAUUCAACUACGAUCAUUCGACUCAUUCUGGAGCUAACAAUUCCAGAUUUUCAUAGCAGUACCUCACUAUCACGAAUUAGUAUAAUUGAACUUUAUUGUAAAUAAACAAAAUCAUGAAAAGA